AUGAAUGAGAUUACUUCAAUAUUACAAUCUAUCUUUAGCAAUAAUAAUUUUUCCAAUGAGAUAAAGGACGAUCAACCCAUAGAUUUUGUAAUUCAUGAGGAUACGAAUCAAACACAACAUAAUUUUGGAAACAUUACGCCUAGCAUGAACCUCUCAGAAGUGCGCAAACUUCUAGAGAAUCUUGAAAAUGUUUACAUGGGUGAGAAUAUGGUAUUUCUUAAAGAAAAUAUUAAAACACAAAUUCAUCCUGAUAAAGAAAAAAAUCUUAAUGUCUUAAAAAUCCUUGCUCACGAUAAUUGCAUUCAUAUCAUGAAAUAUCCAACGAAACCAAGUUCUUUCCAAUUUGUUAACAAAUACAAUCUUCUUCAUGGUUGUUACUUCACGUCUGAUGGUUAUAUUAAACGUGCUAAAAACAAAGCAUUCAAGUUCAAAAAUAAAAUAGUCGCUAAAAUAGAUAUGAAUAAUCCAUAUUUGAAAGAUGAUCGAAUCGAAUACGCAGAGGAAAUUGACCAGAUGUUUAUUAAAAAUCCUUACAUGAAAAUUAAUGCAACCAUUCCUCUGCCCUGGCCACUCCCUUCACUAAAAUUUGGUAUUAAUAUUGAAAGUUCUAGCGAAAAAUGGAGACAAACAACAGGAUCCUAUAGAUAUGAAGUUUUUGAUUGUGCAAAAUGUAGUAUGAAUAUCCCGCGCAAUGAAAUCGAACCAACAGAGGAAUUUAAAGAUGCAAUUAAGAAGGUAUUAGAACAGCAAACGUAUGAAGAAAGGUUGAAUGCAAUUAAAGCAUUAUCGCAAGAAUUUGGGUUUUUUUUUCCUAUGUUUACUGAGUUUGGAGGAAGAAUUCAAUGCAGAGUUGAAUUAAAUAGUGAAACAUCCGCUAAUUCUAAGAAAGAAAAUUUUGAAGUAAACUUGCAAGACUUCUCUUCAUCUUACAACUCUAAAAAAGGUUCGUCAACAUCUAUAUGUAACGUUAUUAGCAGCUGUAAGAUCAUUGGUGGAGAUGAAACUGAUCCAGAUAUUAGAGAUAGAAAAAGUCGACAGAAAUGGACUGAAACAUUACGCACUUGUGAUAAAUGGAGACCGAUUAAUUAUUCGGAAAUAAUUUCGGUUUAUGACAUGUUAGAUAAUAAAUUACGAGCGCAAUUUCUUGAAGGAUUUGGGCAGGAAGUACUUCUCUCUGGUAUAGUUGAAGUAAGGUUUAAUAGUAAGGAUAUUGUCGAGCCUCAAACACGAAAAAUUGAGAACAUUCCCUCAAAUAUCCUUGCAAACAUGGAAAAUAAUCAAAUAUACGCGACAGUUUAUAAUGAUAAAAGCAUUCACAAAGUUUUUUCUGCUCAUGUGGUAUAUUACCAUAAUAAAAGUGCUAGUCUCGUGAUACAAUGUAUCAAAACAAAAGAAGUGGAAGAAUUGAAGGAACAAAAAUUUAAUCAUGUAGUAAAAGUUGCAUGGAUGAUUGUUGGAUUUCGCACUGAUUUUAGUUUUGAACCAUCUUUAAACCUUAAACUAAAUAGUUAUACGUUAAAAAAACCAAUUCAAAAGUUUUACAAUAAACCCAAAUGUACUGAAAAUGCAGAGAGAUGCCCUUCCAAAAUCAAAUUUCCUAGUCACAAAAGGUAUUGUCUUCUUGGUACAUGUGCAUUUAGAUAUCAAUCCACGGAUGAAGUUGAUGAGGACUCAGAAUCUGGUGUUAUUAUUGGGCUUCACUUUUGCCAAAAUAAGCACAAUUGGGAUCCAUGUGUUUAUGCAUUUGACUUGAAUAAAGGAAGGCAAGUAGAUAUUUACACAAAGCCACUAGAAAUCCACUGGGGUAUCAUUACUACUGAACAAGAAUAUAAAGAAAUGAUAUGGGAUAAUUCAAACAAAUAUUUAAUGUAUAAAGGCCAAGAAUGGAAAGACUAUUCUAUUGAAGGAAAUAUACAAAAAUUAUUUUUUAGCCUUUUAUGCAAAGAUUGUUUUCCUGUGUUUACAAAUGUUAGUCCCGAAUAUCCCACGAUGCAUUUAUUUGAAGAACAAAAUGCUGAGAGUCGUAAAUGA